GCGACUGCGCGCUGCCGCUCCCUCCGCUCCAGUUCGCCCUGGCGGGCGCGGCGGCGGCGGCGUCGGGGGAGCGCGGCCGGGGCGAUGCGGCGCUACCUGCGCGUCGUGGUGCUGUGUCUGGCCUGCGGCUUCUGCUCGCUCCUCUACGCCUUCAGUCAGCUCGCCGUGUCCCUGGAGGAAGGGGCGGGCGGCGGUGGCGGGAAGCCGCAGGCCGCAGCGGCUUCCUGGCUCGCGGGCGGCGGGCGCGGCGCCGUGAGAGGCGCGGGCACCUCGACGCAUCCCGGUCGGUCGGACAGGUGUAAAGAUUUCUCUCUGUGUUGCUGGAAUACCUAUUGGAUGCUGCCCUCUGAUGUUUGUGGAAUGAACUGCUUUUGGGAAGCGGCUUUUAGGUAUAGUCUAAAAAUACAGCCUGUUGAGAAAAUGCACCUGGCUGUAGUUGCCUGUGGUGAAAGACUGGAAGAAACUAUGACCAUGUUGAAGUCAGCUAUCAUUUUCAGCAUCAAACCUCUUCAGUUCCAUAUUUUUGCAGAAGAUCAGCUACAUGAUAGCUUUAAAGGCAGACUUGAAAGCUGGUCCUUUCUACGAACAUUUAAUUAUACAUUAUACCCCAUAACCUUUCCAAGUGAGAAUGCCGCAGAAUGGAAAAAACUCUUUAAACCAUGUGCUUCCCAGAGAUUGUUUUUGCCAUUAAUCCUAAAAGAAGUUGACUCACUAUUGUAUGUCGACACUGAUAUCCUUUUUCUGCGACCUGUUGAUGAUAUUUGGUCUUUACUAAAGAAAUUUAAUUCAACACAAAUUGCUGCGAUGGCACCAGAGCAUGAGGAGCCCCGAAUAGGAUGGUAUAAUCGCUUUGCCAGACAUCCAUACUAUGGAAAAACUGGAGUAAACUCUGGAGUUAUGUUGAUGAACAUGACUCGAAUUAGAAGGAAGUAUUUCAAGAAUGAUAUGACAAGUGUCCGACUACGAUGGGGAGAUAUACUUAUGCCAUUGCUUAAAAAGUACAAACUAAACAUCACAUGGGGUGACCAAGAUCUGUUGAAUAUCAUAUUUUUUCAUAAUCCAGAAAGCCUUUUUGUUUUUCCGUGUCAAUGGAAUUAUCGACCAGAUCAUUGUAUAUAUGGAAGCAAUUGCCAUGAAGCAGAAGAAGAAGGAAUCUUUAUUCUUCAUGGGAACAGAGGUGUUUAUCACGAUGAUAAGCAACCGGCGUUUAGAGCUGUUUAUGAAGCACUGAGAAAUUGUUCUUUUGAAGAUGAGGACAUCAGUUCCUUGUGGAAAUCUUUAGAACUGGAAUUACAAAAGACAGUGCACACAUACUGUGGAAAAAUUUACAAAAUAUUUAUCAAACAACUAGCAAAAAGCAUAAGAGACCGUUACGAUAGACCCCCAAAGGAAAGGUGAUUCCUGGUGACUGCUGAGUCAAGUGGAUGAAAACAACCAAGUAUCAGAGGAUGAAUGUGAAGGAAUCAUCUUGGAUGAAGUAUUCAGAAAGGAAUUAUUCAUCUCCAGAAUAAUUUUCUUCCUAAAGAAGUUAAAUGGGAAAAAAAUAAAAAGAAGUUAAAUGAGCAGUAUAUUUCAUGUAAUGAAGAAUAAGUUAAAGUCUUGGACUCCAGCAUGAAGCAUUUUUGAUCUCUGAUGUUUUGUGAUGUUAACUUGCUGUCAUUCCAGUAUUGAUUUAAAUAUUGAGUGGUCUUAGCCUACAGACUUCUGUUGACUCUUCCUCUUUAGUAAGAACGGGAGGAGUGUCUGGAUGAAGAAAACGUACCUCAUAUGCAGUGGAAACACUCAGACUGAGUAUAGCAAUAAUUUUAUGUUAGCACUAACCUCACUUUAAAUGUGUGAGAAAAAAGUUGUUUACAGGAGCAGAAAAGGUUCUGUUUCUAAAGAAAUGUGAUGUAACAGUGUAACCAUUGACAAUCUGUAUGUGCCUUUAUACAUUUCAUCUCUGUUUUAAGAUAUUUUUGUGACAAUCAUGUUUAAAAGUACUUUUAGAUUAUGAAGUAAGCUGUCUGUUAAAAAUUGAGCUAUAUAAGAAAAAGGAAAAAUAGUGAAAACUUUGGGGUUUAAAUGUCUCUGUGUGUAUGUGUGUCUGUGUGUAUGAGAGAGAGAUGCAAUGUCUUCAUUUUGUAUGUGUUAAAAUGUCUUGCCAAAACUCAGAUCUGAGAUUGUUAAAUAGAUAUUUGGGGAAACUUUUUAUCACUUUAAAUGAAAAAUUUCAGCUUUACUGGGCAUUCUGGGAGCAAAGUGUACUAUGGUGAUAAAGUGAACACCUUAGUAGCAUACUAAUAUGACGGUGGAAAAUGUGAUGGACCAAAAUGCAUAAGCUAUAUACAUUCCUGUGAUCAAUAAUUUUAGUUAAAACAGAGUAGGGAAAAAGUGUCCAUUUAAACUUCUACCUCAUAAUGGCUUUGCAAGAUAUUUUUGAAGAAGCAAAUGGGUGUAGAGCCUUACGUAAUACACCUUUGGUGGGUGAUUUGGAUUAAGCAGAUUGUUACAUUUGACUAUAGGAAAAGUAGUAUGAUUAGGUUAGUGUGCAUAUCUUUCUUUUUUGAACAUCACUUAAGACAGGUAAUUUUUGCAGUCUUGAAGAUGAGAAGAAUCUCACUUCUCUGGCUUUCUUGACCUACUGCCUGACGUAUCUAUAGAUUCUGAGUACUCAGCAUUACUUUGCUGAGGUGCAUAACUCAUUUUAGUGGCAGCUCUCUGGUAUCUUCUUUUUUUGUCUUUAAUAUUUCAGUGUGCAAGUAGAGAAGAGAAAAUCACAAAGGAAAAUUAUCACUCAUGGCAAAUCAUGGCAAUUGUCUUUGUGAAGCCAGUGCCCUGUGUGGAGACAAGGGAUAUGCAGAAGGAGAUGGUCAGGGCAGUCGUCCUUGUCCUCUGCAGGGCAGUCGUCCUUGUCCUUUGCAGGGCAGUCAGGGACAGACCGAGAGAGGAAGGUCUAAGAGAGGCAGAGGGGAAGUUGAUAUCCAGCUCAGCACUUGUAUAACAGAUAAGUUAGCAUGAGCUGGGUUUCCCUGGGCAAAACUGUCAACUGUGUUGAAAUUGAGCUUGCUGAGUGUAAAAUCAGAAUUCUAAAAUUUUGAAGUUUGUAGGAUAUAUACAUAAGUUUAUCUCUAGUACUCCCCAGAUAAGACCAUUGCUUGCCUGACUAUGUAAGAGUCUUGUUGGGAGCUGAUUAAGAGUAGAUUCCUAUGCUUCACCUUUUGGAGACUCUGGUAUGUUGUAUUUAGUAUGGGGCCCACAAAAAUUUUUUUUAACUAAGAGUUUUAAAAAUUAUACAAGAGUAGAAUAGUGCAUUGAUACUCAACAUCUGAGACAACCCUUAUCAACAUCUUACUGUAUUUGCUUCAUCUAUCCCUUUUGGCUGAAGUAUCUUAAAGAAAAUCCCAGACAUUGUGCUAUUUCACAUCUAUGAACAUUCUGAUAAUGACAGUUGACAUCACACCUAACAAAAGUAGUGGCAGUCCUCUGGCUUCCUUUCAUAGCCAUCCCUAAGUAAGUUUCCUGGAUCAUUUCACAUAUGCCAUCUUACAGUUGGGGUGUCAGAAUCAGGUUACAGAAAUAAGUCACAUUAUGAUGUUGUUUGUAACAGUCACUUCAGAUGAUUUUGAUGUUGGCUAGCUUGGGAGCCACUGAAAGUUAUUUUGCCAACUUGAAGUUAGGAUGUCACAAUUCUUGGCACAGUAGAUAGCUUAUAACUGUGAUUUUGAAAUAUUAUAUUAGAGGAAGCAGUUGGACUUACAAGAUAUGAAUUUAUUUUAGUAAGUUACUUAAGAUUUAAUUUUCUCAGUGAACAGAGAAAUCUCGGCACCCCGGGCUCUCUGUGUCCUGUGGUGUCCCUCAUGCGGUGGCUUAGUUCCCCUGUCACACACUGUAUGUUGUAGAUCUUGGGAAGUUCUUCAUCUGCUUUGUUUAGACCUGACUUAAAUGAUCACUGUACCAUAAAUUAGAUUACAGUGAGAACUUUCUAGAGACUGUAUUUUGCCUGAAACUAAUGAUACCACAGUGUCUGUAACAAUUUUAAAAUGAAUUUUCUGAAUUUAUUUUUAGCCAAGGUAACUUUCUCCUUGAGGAUUGUAAAGAAAUGAAGUUCUCAAAGUUGAUGAGGUUAAGUUGUAGAUGGACAACUUGAAGAGUGUAUCACAUUGUUUUUUGGUAUAAAUAGCCUGUCAUAAAACAUAAUGUAUCUAUGCAGUUUAUAUAAAUUACACUCUAUAUGCUUUGAGCCUGUGUGUUAGAACAAGUCUGACCUCAGAACUAUCUCUGGGCUAUGGUAUCACCAAAGAGGGACGACUUGAUAAUGGAGUCAGACUUGAUUUGUGUGAAGUAGACAAGAACCUGGAAAACCUUUAGAAAACAUAUAUUGUGAUUUACAUUUAAGAAAAUGUGUACUUUCAUUCCUUACCAGGAGUAGUUGAUUAUGUAUAGGCCUAACCACUUCAGAGCCUGAAAUAACAGCACUGCUAUGCGGUGCACCCUCCUGCCUCCUGCCAGACGUUACGGUGCAAUGGAGGAGGACCAGACUGUGAACUGGAUCGGAUUCUCUCUUGGCCAGGGACCUCAGGCGUGUUAGUUCACCUUCUCUGUGCCUUAGGUUUUUAACUACAAUCACAUGCCCUUCCAUCCUCACAAGAUGCGACUUGGAAGAGGGAAUGGAUUGAGGAGCAUUCUGAGUGGCUUACGUGGUGCUGCCCUAGUGCUCCUGCUAAAGUUCUGCUGUGCUCGGUUGUCUCCCUGUUUAUUGAGGCGGAUGUUUUCUGACAUGUAUCUGCAGUAUGAAUUAGUUUAUAUUAUGUAAGGAAGAGUUUUCAGGAAGAGAAAGUUGAGAAGAAAAGAAUUGUGUAACCGAAUAACCAAA